UUGGCUGGAGGAUAACAGAGGAGACUGGGCGGCCAUCUUGGAUUCCCAGACCCAGAAGGGUGCAGCCAAUGGCCAAGCGGAGGUCAGUGGAUGGGACAGCGUCCUCAUCUCUGGGCUGGGGAACAACACUGUUAACCACAACCAGAAACAGACAGUCAAAAACAAAACAACAUCCAAACUUAGUCUCCAUGACAACAGACUGGCUGAGACCAGGACGAGGUUUAGAUUUGGUCUGCGGGGACGGGGAGGUGUCCGUAUGCGGCAGGAGAGAACAGACACAGACUCUGCUAGCGAAGCUCCGUCCUGCUCCUAUAGUUGUGAUUCAGAGAGACUGAUGGCGUCUCAGAUUAACCCCCUAACAGGUGCUGCCUUCAGCCUGCCUUCUAUAGGAUCUAUCAACUGGAACAUGGACCCUGCAACAACACAGACACUCCCUGGCCUUCAUCCUCACAUUCCCCUAAUGUUAAAUCAGACCUCAGACAAUGCCAGUGCCUCAACACUAAAUGGAUACACAAGCCCGGUGACAAAUGACAGUAGUAGUAGUAACGCUAUCAGUAGAUCCAGUGGCGAAGAGAAGCGCUUCCCAUGUUUAUUCUGUGGGAAAGCCUUCAGUUUCCCCAAACAGGUGGAGAUCCACCAGAGGAUGCACACGGGUGAGAAACCAUUCAGCUGCCACCUUUGCCAGGCCAGUUUUUCACACUCAUCCAGUCUGAAGAGGCACCAGAGGAUGCACACCGGGGAGAAACCAUUUGGCUGCCACCUGUGCCGGGCCAGUUUUUCCCACUCAUUCAACCUGAAGAGGCACCAAAGGGUACACACAGGGGAGAAACCAUACAGCUGCCCCCAGUGUGAGAAGAGGUUCUCCCACCAGCACCGGCUGAAGAUGCACCUGAAGGUCCACACAGGAGAGAGUCCGUUUGCCUGUACGCAGUGCGGGAAGAGGUUCUCAGAGAGGAGCUGCCUCAUGAUACACCAGCAGAAAAUGCACACGGCCCAUGUAUAGAGUAUAGUGACAUCACCAUGUAACUGAGCAGCAGCAGUUAGGGAGAGCUAUUCAUACAAUUGUAUUAUUUUUGUUCAAUUAUUUUGUAUUUUGUUUAAAUGUAGUGCUGUGUUCUCCACAUCUGGAGAUAUUAGUAGAUGUUUUUCCUUUGAGAACAUUGUUUGAUUUUGAGAUUUUGAGAGAGAUUGAUCAACCUGGCUCUAAAGGCUAGCUAGUCUACUAAGUCAUCUUGAUCAUCUGGCAAGAAGCAAUAAGGGCAGGAUUGAGGGACUAGUGCAUCAGGACAACGAGAAGAACGAUGAGGAGAAAUAGAGGAUAAAACCAACAGAAAAAAGUAAUUGAUUUGGAGGAUUUCUGGAGGAUUUCUAAAGGAAAGACGGUACAAGGCAUUGGAAAGUCAACAAACAAACAAAAACACACACAAAGGAGAGGUAGGAUAUCAUAGAUAUCCCUAAAACACUUCAGUGAGCAGGCCUUUCUAAUCGAUCUGGCCCGGGUAUCCUGGAAGGAUUGCUCUUUAAAGUGCUUUCCUCACGAUCUUAAAUGAGCAUGCCCCAUUCAAAAAAUGUAGAACUAAGAACAGAUAUAGCCCUUGGUUCACCCCAUACUUGACUGCCCUUGACCAGCACAAAAACAUCCUAAGGUAAGCUAAGGCUAGCUUUUUCAAACAGAAAUGUGCAUCCUGUAGCACUAAUUCCUAAAAGUUUUGGGACACUGUAAAGUCCAUGGAGAUUAAAAGCACCUCCUCCCAGCGGCCCACUGCACUGAGGCUCGCAAACACUGUCACCACCGAUAAAUCUACGAUAAUCGAUCAUUUCAAUAAGCAUUUCUCUACGGCUGGCCAUGCUUUCCACCUGGCUACCCCUACCCCGGCCAACUACGCUGCACCCCCGCAGAAACUUGCCCAAGUCCCCCCCGCUUCUCCUUCGCCCAAAUCCAGACAGCUGAUGUUCUGAAAGACCUGCAAAAUCUGGAUCCCUGCAAAUCAGCUGGGCUAGACAAUCUGGACCCUCUCUUUCUAAAAUUAUCUGCCAAAAUUGUUGCAACCCCUAUUACUAGCCUGUCUAACCUCUUUCAUAUCGUCUGAGAUCCCUAAAGAUUGGAAAGCUGCCGCGGUCAUCACCCUCUUCAAAGGGUUGAGACACUCUAGGCCAAAACUGUUAUAGACCUAUAUUCAUACUGAAAUGCCUUCUAAAGUCUUCGUAAGACAACCAUUUCGAAUCCCAACAUACCUUCUCUGCAGCCUCCAACACUCUACUCAGCAAAUUGGAGGUAGUCUAUCACAGUGCCAUCCGUUUUGUCAUCAUAGCCCCAUAUACUACCCACCACUGUGACCUGUAUGCUCUUGUUGGCUGAACCUCGCUACAUAUUCGUUGCCAAAGCCCUGUUGAAGCCCUGCCUUAUAUCAGCUCACUGAUCACCAUAGCAACACCCACCCGUAGCACGCGCUCCAGCAGGUAAAUUUCACUGCUCAUCCCCAAAGCCAACACCUCUUUGGCACCCUUUCUUUCAAGUUCUCUGCUGUCAAUGACUGGAACGAAUUGCAAAAAUCAUUGAAGCUGGAAACUUAUAUCUCCAACUCCCAACUGUAAGCAUCAGCUGUCAGAGCAGCUUACUGAUCACUGUACCUUUACACAGCCCAUCUGUAAAUAGCACACCCAACUACCUCAUCCCCAUAUUGUUACUAAUUAAUUUUGCUAUUUUGCACCCCAUUAUCCCUACUUGCACAUCUAUCGCUCCAGUAUUAAUGCUAAAUGAAUGCUAAAAUCUCACUACAUUUGCACACACUGUACAUAGAUUGUUUUGUGUUAUUGACUGUACGUUUGUUUAUCCCAUGUGUAGCUCUGUGUUGUUGUUUUUGUCACAAUGCUUUGCUUUACCUUAGCCAGGUCGCAGUUGUAAAUGAGAACGUGUCUUCAACUGGCCUACCUGGUUAAAUAAAGGUCAAAUAAUAAAAAAUAAAAUAAAUAAAUAUCAGGACAGGCUCAUUGUAAUGGCUGGAAUAGCAUUCAUGGAACGGUAUCAAACAUCCUUUCAUUCCAUUCCAGCCAUUACAAUGAGCCUGUCCUCAUAUAGCUCCUCUCACCAGCCUCCACUGACAUGCACCAAUACUCAAAUUCUAAAAAUAGCAAUGGCAACAGUAGCAGGAGCUUGGCAUAUUCCAUUUGAUCGACCAGCAGAAAAAAAAACUCUGAACAUUAUAAACAACAUCACAAACUAAAUCUGCUGAGGGAAAAUCCAGAGACAUUGUUGGCUGAUUACACCCUAAUUGGAGACUCUGUUCACAAUGUUGACAUCAGCUAACCGCUCGCCCACAUGACGCCAUACACGCUGUCUGCCAUCUGCCCGGUACAGUUGAAACCAGGAUUAAUCCGUGAAGAGCACUCUUCUCUUAGGUGCCAGUGGUCAAUCGCGGAGGUGAGCAUUUGCCCACUGAAGUCAGUUACGAGGCCGAACUGCAGUCAGGUCAACAAGCAUGCAGAUGAGCUUCCCUGAGAUGGUUUCUGACAAUUAGUGCAGAAAUUCUUCAGUUGUGCAAACUCACAGUUUUAAUCAUCUGUCCAGGUGGCUGGUCUCAGACCAACCCGCAGGUGAAGAAGCCAGAUGUGGAGGUCCUGGGCUCGUGUGGUUACACGUGGUCUGCGGUUGUGAGGCAAGUUGGACAUACUGCAAAAUUCUUUACCAUAAACCACCUCCGUCGUUUUUAGAGAAACAAACAUUAAAUUAUCUGGAAACAGCUCUGGUGGACAUUCCUGCAGUCAGCAUGUCAAUUGCACGCUUCCUGUAAAACUUGAGACAUUGGUGGCAUUGUGUUGUGUGAGUGGCCUAUUAUCCCCAGCACAAGGUGCACCUGUGUAAUGAUCAUGAUGUUUAAUCAGCUUCUUGAUAUGCCACACCUGUCAGGUGGAUUGAUUAUCUUGGAAAAAAAGACAUGCGCACUAACAGAAAUGUAAACCAAUUUUAGCACAAAAUUUGAGAGAAAUAAGCUUUUUCUGCGUAUGGAACAUUUCUGGGGUCUUUUUUUCCAGCUCAUGAAAAAUGGGACCAACACUUAACAUGUUACGUUUAUAUUUUUGUUCAGUAUAUUCUUUAAAGAACAAGUUAACUAGUGACUUUCAGCAUGCGUUUAGGGAAGGGCACUCAACUUGUACUGCAGUGACUCAGAUUACUGAGAAUUGGCUAAAAUAAAUGGAUAAUAAGA